CAACGUCACAGGCAAGGGCCGCCAUUUUGACUGAGCAACCCUAGUGACAGGAGCCGAAGAAGCAGUGCAGGUUGUCCCCGUUUCCCCUCCCCCUUCCCUUCUCCGGUUGACUUCCCGGGCCCCCUACACUCCACAGUCCUGGUCCCGCCAUGUCCCAGAAACAAGAAGAGGAGAACCCUGCGGAGGAGACCGGCGAGGAGAAGCAGGACACACAGGAGAAAGAAGGUAUUCUCCCUGAGAGAGCCGAGGAAGCAAAGCUAAAGGCCAAAUAUCCAAGCCUAGGACAAAAGCCUGGAGGCUCCGACUUCCUCAUGAAGAGACUCCAGAAAGGGCAAAAGUACUUUGACUCAGGAGACUACAACAUGGCCAAAGCCAAGAUGAAGAAUAAGCAGCUGCCAAGUGCAGGACCAGACAAGAACCUGGUGACUGGUGACCACAUCCCCACCCCACAGGAUCUGCCCCAGAGAAAGUCCUCGCUCGUCACCAGCAAGCUUGCGGGCGGCCAAGUUGAAUGAUGUUGCCCGGGGCUCCGCCAGAUCCUGAGAUGCUGCCCUCCUGGGUCCUGUGCUGGCUCCUGCCCCUCCCUGCUUUUGCAGCCAGGGGUCAGGAGGUGGCUCGGGCGUGGGCUGGAGAGGCAGAAGCCCCUGCCCGGCGGUGUCCCAGCGCAUGGGGCCCCUUGGGCUGAGCACCAAGACCCUGAACCUUUUUUGUUUUACCUUUUUUCCAAAUAACUGUUGGGAGAAAUCUCAGUGAAAUCCUGGCGGGGAUGGGAGGGGGUGGGUGGGGUGCGGGUGUGGUGUUUGAGAGGGUGGGGUGGGAAAUUUGGGGGGGAUAUGAAAUAGGGCUUGGAGUUGAUAAAAACAUGCCUGACUGUCCUCCUUCCUAACCAUGUGGCUGGUGUGGGAUGGGUGUGAGGGGGAGGAGUGGAGUAGACUCCAGAUGAGGAGUUCCAGUUCAGCUCUGUAGAAAAAUGCCUUGUUUGCUUGGAUGCGGCUGGGGAUCUGGUGUCAGAUAAAAGAAACUGUCCGUCUAAAUAUGACAGAUGCAAACAGCUCCUCUGGUUCUGCAGAGCAAGCUGAGAACACAAUUAAUGUUAAUUGUUCAUUGAAAAAAGUUAUGUCCUUAAAAUAGAUUUACUGUGGGGAGAAGGGCAGUGAGUGUGGGGAAAGGGGGCCAUGAGCGUGGGGAGCCCCACAGAGCCCAGGAGACUUUUUCAGUAUUUGAAAUAAAAAAAAAAAGAAGACGACCCACAAAAAAACACAACCCAGAAAUAUUCUGAAGCAGUUGGUGUGUUUUAUUGGGGUUUGGGGAAAGGGAAGAAAAUGAAACUGAAGACACCAUUCAGGGGAGAAGCUGGUGUGGGGCCCUGAGUUCUAAGGAACAGGGGCCCUUAAUAGGGGAUGUGACUGGGCUCCCCACUUCCAUCACUCAGGAAGAGCGAAUAGGGGUGUUAGCAUAUAGAUCUGGGCUUUUCCUGACUCCCGUCUAUCCUUUUGUUUCCGUAGCUAAUGUAGAAGAUGCAUCAGCCUCAGGUUUUGGCUCAC